CUUAAAAAUAAAUGUUUGUUUCCUUUAUUCAUUAUGAAACAGCUGUUUAAAGUACUUUAUAGCAAUUGAGAGGCCUUAAAAGUGAAAGUGUCAUCUGUGGGCCGCACUUGGUGGGAUCAGGUUUUGGUAUUGCUGUUGCCACGCCCAGUGUGUGUGAGAAACACGGCCAGCGUAGUUGGCGUGCUGAGAUGCACCGGGUGAGGGUCAUGUUCCUCUUGGCUAUUUGGACUUCAGCGCCGCAUGCACGGCGCCAGCACUUCCGCUCCAUGAAAACAAACUAAGGCUAUUUCGAGGCUAUUUGAGGGGGUCCUGUCCUACAUCUGCAUCUUUUCAGACUAAUGUAUACGUUUGAUCGGAUUGACGUUUGCAUGUUUAAUCAACAAAAAGGUGACGGAUAUGAAAGGGGCCCUCUGCCCUCAUUCAUUUUUCCGCUUGCGGCCCUGCAUGGAGGCAAGUUUGGACACCUGCGGUUUGGAAUCACGAUGGACGCUGCAGUUUGAAGUGCAAGUCAAAAAGCUUGUAUGGGUCCGGCCCUCCCAGGGAGACAGCGAGCGUGACACCAGUGAGAUCACCGUGUCACAAUCCAGCUUAUUGUGCUUGGAGAAAGAGGCUGCUGUGCACUUUUGCAAAUUGGGACAUGCUGUCUCAGUGUGUGUCCUCAGGAAAUGGGACGGGAACCUGAAGGUGCUGGCUGAGGGCUACGCGGCCAAGUGCAUCUGGAACCACAACCCGGAGCUGGAGGACACCGGAGAGAACCUCUACGCCGGCACAGGGUCUCUGGACCUGCGUGUGGCGCUGGAGAAAUGGUUCCUGGAACAUCUCAACUACGACUUCCACAACAACAGCUGCGAUGAAGACAAGAUGUGUGGACACUACACACAGAUGGUGUGGUCAGACACACACAGGGUGGGCUGUGCCUUCCACCUUUGUGACCACAUGGAGGGUCUGUCCUGGGAGAAGGUCUCCUACCUGGUGUGCAACUACUUCCCAGCGGGGAACUAUGAAGACGAGCGUCCUUACGUGGAAGGAGACUCCUGCUCCAGCUGUCCAGAGAAGCUGCAUCAGUGUGAAAACAACCUCUGCGUUCCUGACGUGGAGGAGGAUGAAGAUGAAGGUGCAGAAGAGGACUCAGAUGUUCCUCCUCCUCUUACGACAUCAGACCCCGCCCUUCUGCCUGAAGAAGAGGAAGAGGCGGAAGAGGAGGGUGUUCUUCCUCCCGCAACAACAGAAUCAUUCCACCCAGAAGACGCCAGCACUACUCCCAGAACCACCAGCACCACCACCGUCGCCACUACCACCAGUACCACCAGUGCCAGCACUACCACCAGUGCCAGCACUACCACGGCCCCAUCCCAGGACCUUGCAGCCCCAAACACGCCUCCUCCAAGGGCCCCGCCCCCAAAAGUCCUCACAACAGCUCAGCAGGAGGCGGAGGCAAGGAAGGAGGCGGAGUCCAAGAAGGAGGCGGAGUUAGCAGACAAGGACGAGAAGGUGAAGGCAGGAAAAGAGAGAAGGCUGGAUGGAAUCAAAGUGGAGAUCUUCACAAUAAAAGAGGAGGAGAUCUUCGAGAAACAGGCAGAUUCCGCAUCGUCCUCAUCGUCUCCAUCAGUUUCUCUGAUGCUGUUGUCGUGUCUGACCUUCGCCCUGCUGCUCGCACACGCGCACGUUAACAUCUAGUACAUCUGGUAGAGUCCUGCCAGGACUCUUUUGGCUGCGGGGACUCAGUGUUGCUUUAAGAGCUGCUCAAUAUCAAAUCAAUAUAUUCUGCAUGUACAUGUGAGCACUGGACGCAUGAUGCUGAGCUGGACUGUCUCCAUGGAAACGACAUCAUCUGUCAGCACAAAGAAGGAGACGCAUUUUGAAUGAAGUUGUUUUGUUUGUUUUGAACGACCUUUCUUUGUGUGCAACGCUACACCGUGCUUACUGUAGAUGGUGUAGUCCUGCUGGAAGUGCAAACAUCUCAAAUGCUUCAAAUCCCUCGCUGUUCCGCACAGGAAGUCGACUUAGCUUAGCUUCAAGAGUUGUAUAUAAAGAUGAAUAAAAACAUGUUCUGUUUUGGACAAAAUGUGUCCAUUUUAUUGUAAAGGACAGCUGUGCUAUUAUCACUAUUUUUAUGUAUUAUUGUUAUGAUUCAUAUAACCAGUCUAACUUUCCAUGGUACAGAAAGACACUUGGCAGUUCAAGUUCUAAAAUCACCUUUAAAAUGUAAAGCCCCCGUCAACGAAUCAAGCAGAACCAGCCCGAAUAAAAAACAGCCACCUUCUGGAGAGGAUUUGAAAUUCGUAAGCUUGGCUCCUUCUUUCCUUGGCGGCAUGACGUGAUGUGAAUACCAUUUUUUUCCCCCCCAAAUGCAAUCAGAAUGUUUGGAAUGCUGCUGGAAUACCGUAAGAAUAUUUACACGGCAGUCAGUGUGCAGUUGGAAUACCUUUCAAAUGCUGUUCAAUAUUUUUCCACUUCAAGCGCACCUCAAAAGUUUUUUAGCAAGCUCAAAACAUCCCCAUGUCAGCCACAAUUUUUCGAAUGCGCUUUGAAUAUCCGGGAAUAAACCACAUA